GGCGACUUGACGACCCGGAGCUCGCUGCUGGUGAUGGCCGUGAGCGGCUCCGGGAAAUCAAGCGUGGGCGCCCUGCUGGCAUCCGAGCUCGGGUGGAAAUUCUAUGAUACAGAUGACUAUCACCCGGAGGGAAAUCGAGUGAAGAUGAGCAGCGGGAUCCCCCUGGAUGACCAGUUGAUGCCAAGAAGUGAAACUGCUGCAUCAUAUGGGAGCCUUAUUCUUUUUGGAGAAAUCUGCAUUGUUUUCCACAGCACCUGGACCAUACAAAAUGCCACCAGGAACAGGAAGAGCCUCAAACUGAUCAUUCAGGAUCUUGAUGAAGAAGUCUGACCAUCUGGUAGGUGGGCGGCCACGCAGUCUUUUGACAUCCUGUGGAAUCCAG